AUACAUAUCUCAUUUAAGCCUUCUCUGUAUUCCAUUACAGCUUCUCCAUUUCUCUGAUUCGCGAUAUAGAUCGACUGAAUUCGAAGAAGAAGAUGAAGUUGUCAACUCGCAGUAGUGUGUCGGUAUUGGUACUUGUAUUCAUCAUCUUCACGAGUAGUGCUACUGCAGACUUGGUGCUGGUGGCAGCAGAGGUAGAUACGACAUGCAGUCCGGUGGAGUUGAGUUCAUGUUUAGAUCCAAUCCAGUACGGUUCAAAGCCGUCAAGCAUCUGCUGCCAGAAGCUCAAGGGGCAGGUUCCAUGCCUCUGUGGAUACAUCAAGAAUCCUGCUUUCAAGAAAUAUGUGACAGGUCCCAAUGCCCAAAAACUAUCCUCCAACUGCGGAGUUCCUUUCCCUCGUUGUUAAAGGCUUUAUCAUCAUAAUAGUCAUCACUACCUAUAUAUAUAUAGAACUUAGUAAAAAGAAGGGUCCAUGCAUAAUGUUCAUCAUUAUCAACUACUUAUAAUAAGAAGAAUGGAUCCGCACUUGUGGAAUUGUAUCAUGUUGUUCUAUUUUUACUUUCAUUUGUAGUGUGUUUUGAUUAACAUAUGAUGAUUAAACUAAAAUCAAUGAGAUUAAAUUGUGAAAAGGAUUCAGAUA